AUGGAGCGCAGCGCGAGCCCAGGGGACGAGCAGGAAAAGGCCGACGACCUGGACGGCCACCGCCCGGCGCUUCGCGAGAUCCGGUCUCACGCGUCCCGGACCAGCAGAGACCGAUCGCGGCCGGGAUCUGCUCGGGGGACGGGCACGGCCCUGGACCAGACGCUGUCGCGGCGAGACACGGUCCUGUCGCGGCUGCGCUCGCGGCCUCCCAUCCAGUUCACGCACCCGCUGGCGCACAUCCCGACGACGGAGGACCAGAUUGUCGACUUUGACGGGCCUGACGACCCUUACCACCCGCUGAACUGGCCCACGCACAAAAAGGUGCUGACCACGGCCCUCUAUGGCUUCGUGACCAUGACGGCGACCUGGGCGUCGUCGUCCUACUCGGCGGGCACGAUCCAGGUCGCCCAGGAGUUCCACGUUGGAACCCAGGUGGCGACGCUGGGGACGACGCUGUUUCUCUUCGGCUUCGGAGUCGGCCCCUUGCUGUGGGCGCCGCUGAGCGAGGUCUAUGGCCGGCGCAUCGCCGUCAUGGCUCCCAUGCUGGUGGCCAUCUGCUUCAGCUUCGGCAGCGCCACGGCCAAGGACCUGCAGACGCUGAUGCUGACGCGCUUCUUUGGCGCCUUCUUCUCGUCUGCGCCGGUCACGAACACGGGAGGCGUCUUGGGCGACUUGUACUCGCCGGCAUACAGAGGCAUUGCCAUGGCUGGAUACGCAAUGGCCGUCGUUGGAGGCCCUUCGUUAGGCCCCAUUGUAUCUGCCGCCGUGGCAGAGCAGGCCUCCCUCGGCUGGCGCUGGACCGAGUACCUCACCGGCAUCCUGCAGGCCUUUGUCCUCGUCAUCGCCGUCGUCUUCAUCGACGAGAGCUACCCGCCCAAGCUGCUCGUCUACAAGGCGCGCCGCCUGCGCCACGAGAGCGGCAACUGGGCGCUGCACGCAAAGUUCGAGGAGUGGGACGUCAACGUCAAGGACCUGUGCAAGAAGUUCCUCGUCCGCCCCGUCCAGCUGCUCCUCACCCCAAUCUGCUUCCUCGUCGCCCUCUACGCCAGCUUCUGCUACGGCAUCCUGUACAUGCAGCUCGGCGGCAUCCCCAUCAUCUUCCGCGAGAUCCGCGGCUGGAACCCGCUCAACGCCACGCUGCCCUUCUUGUGCAUCUUCCUCGGCGCCGUCUUCGGCUGCGGCGCAAACGUCUACAACCAGCUGCUGUACAACAAGGCCUACUACGCCGCCGGCAACCGCGCGGUCCCCGAGAAGCGGCUGCCCCCGAUGAUGAUCGGCUCGCUGCUCUUCAGCGGCGGCCAGUUCCUGCUGGGCUGGACGGGCGCCCAGCGCGACAUCCACUGGAUCGUGCCCUGCAUCGGCCUCGUCAUGCUGGGCACCGGCUUCUUCACCAUCUUCCAGGCGGCGCUCAACUACCUGGUGGACACGUUCCAGACGUACGCCGCUUCGGCCGUGGCGGCCAACACGUUUCUUCGGUCCUGCUUUGCCGGCGCCUUUCCGCUCGUUGUCGGGCCCAUGUUCCAUAACAUUGGCGUCGGGCCCGGCUCGAGCAUCACGGGCGGGUUCGCGGCCCUGCUGAUUCCUGUGCCCUUUUUCUUUUAUCGGUAUGGAAAGAGGAUCAGGGCUGGGUCCAAGUGGUCCAAGGGAUCUGUGUAUGAUUAA